UAGUUUCACAACUUUGCAUGCAAUUCAUUCCUCACCAAGUCCAAAUACACACUUCUUUCUUUUCUAUAUUAUUUUUGUUCCCUCUCUAAUUCUUUUCAAAACUUGCUUGCAAUUCACCAACCAAAAAAUUUCAUUAAAAUUUAAAAUCAAACGUAGGUAUAUAUCAUCACUAUUAGCUAGUUGAAAUGUUAAGUAAGAUACUUCUUGGCUUUCUCUUAAUAGCCUUUUUGGUAGAAGCAACAUUUGCAAGUAACUUUUACCAAGAUUUUAACAUAAAAUGGGGUGAUGGUCGUGGCAAAAUCUUUAACAAUGGAAAACUUUUGACUCUGUCUUUGGACAAAGCUUCUGGCUCUGGAUUUCAAUCCAAAAGUCAAUACUUGUUUGGAAAAAUUGACAUGCAAAUUAAACUUGUUCCUGGUAACUCUGCAGGCACAGUCACAACCUAUUAUUUAUCUUCUCUUGGUGAUGCUCAUGAUGAAAUAGAUUUUGAAUUUCUGGGAAACUUAAGUGGUGAUCCUUAUAUUGUUCAUACAAAUAUUUACACACUAGGGAAAGGGAAUAGAGAACAACAAUUCUAUUUAUGGUUCGACCCCACCAAGGACUUUCACACUUAUUCCAUUCUCUGGAAUCCUCUAAGCAUCAUAUAUUAUGUGGAUGGGACCCCAAUAAGGGAGUUCAAGAAUUUGGAAUCAAAAGGUAUUCCUUUUCCAAGUAGCCAAGCAAUGAGUAUAUAUUCAAGUCUUUGGGAUGCUGAUAAUUGGGCCACAAGGGGUGGCCUAGUGAAAACAGAUUGGGCCAAAGCCCCAUUCACUGCUUCAUAUAGCAAUUUCAACAUCCAAGCUUGUGUUUGGACUUCUUCUUCAGGUUCCUCUUGCUCUUCCAAAAAUCCAUCUUCAAACCAAUCAUGGUUGAAACAAUCCCUUGAUUCUACGGGGCAAGCUAGGAUUCGAUGGGUGCAAAAACACUACAUGAUUUAUAAUUAUUGCACUGAUACUAAAAGAUUUCCUCAAGGACUCCCUCCUGAAUGCCCUCUUGAAUGAAAAAAACUAGGAUAUACUCAGUUUAUAUUUUAUAGUAUGUUUUAUUAUGCAUUCUAUUGUAUGUAAAUGGGAUUCAUCAUUAUUUUGGGUACUAAUAAAUUUCAUGGAGAAAAAUAUCAAUAAAAAAAAAGGAAUUGUUGACUUAUCUAUAAUGCUGGUUUUUUUUCCUUCUUAUUUCUAUGACAAGAUCAAAGGUCAAUGAAAAAUAUUAGAAGAAACAGAAUGAAUGUAUCUAGAAUGAAUGAGUACAAAGUCCUUUCGCAUUUUGUUGGGUCAGAAAAACUUCAGAUGAAUGUAAGUGAUAUAUAAAAAA